AUGGUACAUCCUAAUAUAAAUGUACAGGAAUUUAUUUCCGAAUCUACAAACUCCGAACUACAACCUGUCAAAGAAGAAACAAAAGCUGAUCUUGUUGAAGACAGUCCAGAGAAAGAUGGGCCAAGUGAGACAUUCAAAGCUGAUGUACAAAGAUUCAUUGAAAUCUCUAAAUAUUUUUCGAGUCCUCUCCACAAAACUGCAUCUUACAUUUGUGAAAACCGCCUAGUCUCUCAUCCCAAUAUGUUUAGGAUAGAAUACAAGCGAGGUGGAGUAACAACGGCACACAUAAAAUUUUCAAACCUUACUCUCGAUCCCGUAUACUUAAAACUUUUCAAACUUACUCCAGAUCUAGAACAAAUUAAGUUUAUUAACCUGUCUUUGUCAAGGUGCAAGCGUAUUCCUCCCGGUCUAUCGUUUAACUUGGGUUUCGUAUACGACGAUGUGAAUGAAAAACAAGAAUGCGACACCAAAAUGAUAUUUGUGGCAUCAAGAAAAACAACAACUCCUUGCUACCACAUCUUGGGAGGUCGUAUAUUACUAGAGGUCAAAGAAAAAUCAAAAAUGAGUUACGCGGCUGCAGAAAGCGUGGUGUCUACCAACACCUGGACUGCCACUAAUCUGUUUUAUGUACUUCUCGUGCCCGCUUUGAUUCUCUGGUAUGCUUACUGGCGAAUGUCUAGGAGGCAUAUGUAUGAACUAGCUGAGAAAAUCAGUGGACCACCUGGUUGGCCUAUUAUUGGCAACGCCCUGGAGUUUACUGGUGGAUCUCAUGAUAUCUUCAAAAACAUCAUCAACAAAAGUGUUGAAUUCGACGAUCAAUCGGUGGUCAAGAUCUGGAUUGGUCCACGUCUCCUGGUGUUUCUAUAUGACCCUCGUGAUGUUGAGUUGAUCCUCAGUAGUCAUGUACAUAUUGAUAAGGCUGUGGAAUACAGGUUUUUCAAACCCUGGUUGGGAGACGGACUUUUGAUAAGCACUGGUCAAAAAUGGCGUUCCCAUCGCAAACUGAUUGCUCCCACUUUCCACUUGAACGUGCUUAAGAGUUUCAUUGACCUGUUCAAUGCUAACUCUAGGGAUGUUGUAAACAAACUGAAGAAAGAAGCUGGAGUAUUCGAUUGCCAUGACUAUAUGAGCGAAUGCACUGUGGAGAUAUUGCUGGAAACUGCCAUGGGAGUUAGCAAAACUACACAAGACAAGAGCGGAUUUGAAUAUGCAAUGGCAGUAAUGAAGAUGUGCGAUAUUCUCCACUUAAGACAUACUAAGAUUUGGCUCCGACCCGAGAUACUCUUCAAGCUAACUGACUAUGCUAAGACUCAAACUAAACUUCUGAGUAUCAUUCACGGUUUAACUAAAAAGGUCAUCAAGAGGAAGAAGGAGGAAUUCAGUUCCGGUAAAAGACCGACAGUUUUGAAUGACUAUACUGAAGAAGCAAAAGCUACUUCCGUCGAGGGUUUGUCAUUUGGACAGUCUUCAGGUCUCAAGGACGACUUAGAUGUGGAUGAUGGCGAUGUCGGUCAAAAGAAACGUUUGGCUUUCCUUGAUCUACUUCUCGAGAGUUCCCAAAACGGUGUUGUCAUUUCUGAUGAGGAAAUUAAAGAACAAGUUGACACGAUUAUGUUUGAGGGUCACGAUACUACAGCAGCUGGCAGCAGCUUCUUCUUAUCCAUGAUGGGAGUCCAUCAGGAUAUACAAGAUAAGGUUAUUGAAGAACUCGAUAAAAUCUUUGGUGACUCAGACCGCCCAGCGACAUUCCAGGAUACUCUGGAAAUGAAGUACUUAGAACGGUGUCUAAUGGAAACCCUAAGAAUGUUCCCACCAGUGCCUAUUAUUGCUCGCCAUCUUAAUCAGGAUAUUACACUUCCUUCAAAUGGUAAAAAGGUACCAUCUGGAACCACUGUUGUUAUUGCAACCUACAAGCUUCAUCGCCGACCUGAUGUAUACCCUAAUCCAAACAAAUUCGAUCCAGACAAUUUCCUGCCAGAAAAAUCAGCCAAUCGCCACUACUAUGCUUUUGUACCUUUCUCCGCUGGCCCCAGGAGUUGCGUUGGUCGCAAAUACGCCAUGCUCAAGCUGAAAAUCAUCCUCUCGACAAUACUUAGGAACUUCCGUGUGUAUUCGGAUCUUAAAGAGUCUGAUUUCCAAUUGCAAGCUGAUAUUAUUCUAAAACGCGCAGAAGGUUUCAAGGUCCGCCUGCAGCCUCGCAAGGCAGCUAAAGCAUGCUAG